AUGCCAAGCGAACGAAAACGUCCACAAAGUAUAACAGACAAUGAUUUUAUGUCAAGUAUGCUAAAAUUUAUGACAGACAAAGAUGAUGUAGAUUGGUGGUCAUCACUUCAAACGCCAUCAAGUCCUAUAGCAGAAAAGAUCUGGAGCACACCGUGUACCGAGUGGUCGGAAAACAACGGCGAUAUAAUAAAAUCUGUUUUUAAUGAACAGAAAUUAAUCGUACAUAAACCGUUUACAACUUCAAGGUCUUCCGUAUCUUUAGUGAAUAAUCGUAAUAUUUGCUCAUUAACAAAAGUAGCUUAUCCUACAUCACUUAUUUCGGCGAGCGAUCAAGAGUCACCAUUCAGAAAUGCACGUUUAAUACCGUCAUGUUCCGUUAAUCAAACGCCUGAUCAUUCAUGUCCAAAGUCAACAUUACCGUAUCCAAACAUCAUUUUCAAUCAUUUGGCAACACCUCUAUCAUCAGAAAAAGCUGCUCGAUCUAUUUCACCAUCGGUAGUAUCAACACCGAACAAGAGAACCAAAGCAUCGUCAGAAUUAAUCACCGAUAUACCAGAUCGAUCAUUGCCGAUAUGGGAGGUAGCUGCACUACUAAUGGAGCAUCAAGAUGCAACAUGUGCAUUGGUAACACUUAUACAAGAAUAUCAAAGUCGCUUUCAAAAGAAUUUACAUGUGAAUGAAUUGUACACAAUGAGAAAUAUGCUUGAUAUUCAGGAUUUUCGUGGCAAUCGUACAGUUAGAUUACUUCCAAGAUGUGCAGAGAUGUUUAAAGAAUUACGUUCGGGCGGUGUUGUUUUGGAGUCAGCAUUUUGUGGACAACAUUGCCCAUCGAAUUAUGUUGUAAAUGCUGAUUUAGAAUUACCAUUUGUCAAAUUACCAUUGGAUAAAUUUGCUGAAAAUGUCCGAUGUUUGCUGGUUGACCACAAUGGUUCAUUACCAUUAGCGAGUUUUCCAUUAUGUUACGCCCAUCGAUUUGAACCAUUAUUAGAUCAUGAUGAUGGUAUUCCAUUGGAACAUUUUAUAUCUUGUAUUAAAGAUGUUCAAAUUAUAAUGUGUGAUGGUGCAAUAAAAAAAGUACAAUUUAUGAAUACUAUAGGAACUCUGAAUGGCGUUGAUACAACAGUAUGUUCUGAAAAUAAUGAUGUUCAACAACGUCUCCAACAGUUUAGUCGUGAAGUUCUUGAUUUGUUAAAACAGCAAAGUCCACAUUGUCGUUUACCCGUAUCAAAAUUUGUUUCAAGUUAUCAUCAGUAUUUUAGUAGACAAUGUCGAGUUGCCGAUUACGGAUACACAAAAAUCAUUGAUUUAUUAAUGGCAAUUUCCAAAACUAUCCAGAUUCUUGGAAAUGGAAAUAAACGAAUAAUAACAUUAAGUCAUCGAAGUCAAGUGAAACGUUUUACUAACGAUCUUGUUCGUAUGUUAAAAAAUAAACCACAACGUUCAAUACAUAUUAGUGACAUACCAAGAGAAUAUGAAAUGGCCUAUAAAAAACAAUUUCAUAUCAGUGAUUUUGGUUUAUCUUACAUUGAAGAUAUGAUUUUAGAAAUAAAAGACAACAAAGAACUUGUUAUUGAAUUGGAUAAAGAUAUCGUCAAACUUUAUCGUAAAGAACGAACUGAUUUGGAAAUAUUUGCAACAAGAAACUUCGAACGAGAUGUUGUUGAUAUGUUACGACAAAUGCCGGAUUUUAGUAUUCCAUUCCAGAAAUUUGUACCAUCAUAUCAUCAUCAUUUUGGUUAUCAAUGUAAAGUACAAACGUAUGGUUUUGCAAGAUUAAUUGAUUUAUUAGAAGAAAUAGAAGAUGUUAUUAAGAUAACCGAAGAUAAAAAUGGGGAAAAAAUUGUUCAGUUAACUGAGCCAAUGAUUCAUCGAGCAGUAUCAUUGAAUAUCGAGCAAUUGGUUAAACAAAAUCAAGGUUUAUUACCGUUGAAAGAUUUACAAACACAAUAUUUUCAUGUUUAUCGUACAGAAUUAAAUGCAGAAGAUUUUGGUGAUGAAAGUUUAGAAUGUUUAUUGAUGAAAAUGACUGAUAAACUUAAAUUUCAUUUUUUCAAUUUUGAUAUUAUCAUCGGUUUACAAGAUGAAAAUCGACAUGUUCUAACACUUGCAAAACAAGUGGUUCAUACUUUGAUGUUAUCACAAUGUCAAUUAUCCUUUUGGCAAUUAAAACAAGAAAUGUUGACAAAAUACCAACAAAGUAUAACAAUAACAACAUGUCAAACUGAAUUAAAAGAUUAUGUGACGGUAAUUGAUCAAACUGUUCGCUUAACACCACCGAUGUAUUUUGCUUACAAUGCUGUCAUUUUAUUAAAUCAAUUUGAUGGAAAAAUAACAUACGAAGAUUUUUUAUUGGAAUAUCAACGUAAAACGGGCAGUAGUCAUUUGUUAUAUCCAACUGAAUAA